AUGCCUGAAAGUAUUAAUCUAAUGCCAUUUGUCUGUAAAUGGUAUUCUCAUUCAGAACCACAACAUUUUAAAACCCAGGAGGAACUUAGAAAUCACAUUUAUAAACACAUUAAGUCAUGCAACAGAUCAUUUCUAGGUUAUAUAUGUCCGUGGAAAGGUUGCAAUAAGCAUCAAAGUAGUAUUAUUGAAUUAGAAGAACAUUUAUGUAGACAUACUCGACAAAGACCAUUCAAGUGCCCAAUUUGCACUGGCUUGCGAUUUUGUUCUCUUGAUGCGCUAAACCGACAUUUGAUUUUCAACCAUAAUGAUAACUUUGUGGACCCUGAUAGCGGUGGAGAUACAUGUGAUGAAAAUGAAGAAUUAAAUUUAGCACAAGUCAAAGAUAAAAAUGAUGUUCAUGUGAAGAAAGAAGGCCACAAAGAUGAAGCUACUGCUUAUACUAAAGGAAAAGACAAUAAUAUCGCAAAAUUAUCAUACCGUGAUGUUCUCAUUAAAGAUAGAAAUAAAGAGACAGAGGGUUUUAUGAAAACACAUCAACAGGCUGUGCAGGUUGUUAAAAGUAAUGUCUACGAAAAUAAAGAGGCAGAGGAUUUUAUGGAAAGACGUCUACAAAAUGAUCGGGCUAUGCAGGAAUUAUUGUAUAAGGCAAGGGUAGCUAUGUCAUUAUUACCAAAAGAAUAUAAAGAAUAUGAAAAAUAUGAUUUGGAAAAUCACGAUAAUUUACCUGAUAUGCCACAAGAAGAAUUGACCGAGGUUCAAGAGAACCAACUUAUUUGGGAGACAUUCUGUGAAUCCUACAAAGGUACAAAAGCUGGUGAAUAUUUUAGUGAAGCCUUUGAAAUCUGGAAAAAGGAUAUUGGUUACCCUGCAUAUACUAAUUAA